ACUGGGAACAAUUUUUUUUAUGAUAACAGAUUUAGACAGAGAUAAAAAUAAAAAAAAUAAAUGAAUAGACGAAGCAAACACAGUGAGGGAUAAUAUUUCUAUCAACAGAAAUCUGGGUUUUGUUUCGACAUAGGCUCAUAUUCGACAGAUCAUCUUUCAAUCGAGAUCCCACAGUGUGGGUAUGGGAAAUGAUGGAGGAUAAAGGUCCUCGUGUAGCUGACUACUUUGUGGUUGCCGGUCUCACCGACUCGUCCAAGCCUCUCGAGGAGGAGCUCCACUUUGAUGAUGCCGGUCCCAAGUCUGUGAAACCAAAAGCCCCCAUCACCGACGUAACUGUGGUGAUCCGCUCCCUCGGUGAAGAGGUACCCCCGGGUUUCACCUGUAUUGAAAGCACCCCCUCAGGCCUCUCUGCAGAGCUCAAUGGAGCCAGCCUCAGGGGGCCGCAGAUAUUCUUGUGCUUCAAGCGAGGCAGAGAUAAGCCUCCACUGACAGAUCUCGGGAUUCUGUAUGAGUGGAAAGAGAAACUGAAACCUGGAUGUCACAUCGUCCAGACCACGCCCUCAGGUCGCCCUGCCAACAUUAGCAGCUCGUCGUCCCAACGCAUCUACAUUACCUACCGCCGCGCACCGAAGAGCCAGCCCCAUACUUCACUGGCUGUCACUGAUGUCUGCAUCAUCAUCCCCGGCAAGGGGGAGACGCCCCCUCACACCUUCUGCAAGGUGGACAAGAACCUCAACAGCAGCAUGUGGGGAUCCUCAGUCUACCUUUGUUAUAAGAAGUCUCUGGCUAAAGCAAACACAAUUGCGUACAAAGCAGGUCUGCUGUGUAGGUACCCUGAAGAGGACUACGAGUCCUUCCCACUGCCUGAGUCCGUGCCUAUGUUCUGCCUGCCCAUGGGAGCAACGGUCGAGUGCUGGCCAGCACACACCAAACACUCUCUGCCUGUGUUUUCCACAUUUGUUCUGACGGGUGCCUCUGGAGAAAAGGUGUACGGAGCAGCCAUCCAGUUCUAUGAGGCUCACUCAGAGGAGAAACUGUCUGAGCGUCAGCGCACACAGCUCGGCCUGCAAAGCUCUGAUCUUGGACCUGAUGGGACCAGGAGUGUUUACAGCAACAAGAGCAUCUGUCUGCUCUCCCACUGGCCCUUCUUCCAGUCCUUCAGGAGCUUUCUCACUUUCCUCUACCGAUACUCCAUCUCUGGACCACAUGCCCUGCCUAUUGAAAAGCACAUCUCUCACUUCAUGCUAAAUGUGCCAUUCCCCUCCAUUCAGAGACCACGCAUCCUAGUGCAGCUGUCUCCACAUGACAGCCUGAUACUGAGUCAACCUGUGUCCUCUCCACUGCCUCUCAGUGGUGGAAGCCUCUCCACAUUACUACUGAAUCUGGGCCCAAAGAACGCAGCCACUCUGCUGGUGCUGGCUGUCACAGAGCACAAGAUCCUGGUUCAUUCCCUGCGUCCAGCUGUGCUCACAAGUGUUACAGAGGCCCUUGUGUCUAUGAUCUUCCCCUUCCACUGGCCAUGCCCCUACAUCCCUCUGUGCCCGCUGGCACUGGCCGGUGUGCUCAGCGCACCGUGCCCUUUCAUCGUGGGUGUGGACUCCCGAUACUUUGACCUUUACGUGCCCCCAGCUGACAUCAGCUGCGUGGAUCUGGACACCAACACAAUCUCCCAAAAAGACGACAAGAAGGCUUUAACGUGGAAAAUCUUGCCCAGGAGAGCCUGCAAACAUCUUCUGAAUACCCUGAAUAAGCUCUAUCAGCAGCUCACUGAGGGUGAUCAGUUGAACCAGGAAGAUGUGCAGAUGGAGCACACAGUAACUGACAAUGAGCUCAACGGUGGGAAGAGCCUCCACACUUUGGAGCUGGAGAUCCAGGAGGCCUUCCUGCGCUUCAUGGCGGCCAUCCUACGAGGCUACCGCUCCUACCUGCUGCCCAUCACCCAAGCCCCCUCUGAGAAGACCACCGAUGCCAGCUCCCUCUUCGACAUUCAAGGCUUCCUGAAGAGCAGAGACCGCUCCCACCAGAGGUUUUACUCCCUCAUGACCAAGACUCAAAUGUUCAGCCGUUUCAUAGAGGAGUGCUCCUUUGUCAGUGAUAAAGACGCCAGCCUGGCUUUCUUUGAUGAGUGUGUUGAUAAGAUGGACAGUGAGCGACCAGAGGAAACCAGACUGAUUGAACUGGAUGAAUCCCACCGCAGUGAGCACACGGUCUAUAUCAACCCUCCAGAGCUGCCUCCACUACCACAGGGAGAAGAGCAUCCUCUGUGCUAUAGCUACUCUGGGUUCCCUGUGCUGAAUGCUGAGCUUCUGGAGCCGCUGGAGGGACCAAAUCCUCCAUCAGCAGGCCUGGCCUCACGCCACAGCAGCCCAGCCAGCCCUACGGCCAUCUUUAGGCGCUCUAAACAGGAGAUCAAAUCAGCUCAAAGGAUGGCCAAAACCUAUUCAUCUAUGCCUCAGAUGUGGUCUAAGUGUCUGCUGCGCCACUGCUAUGGCCUUUGGUUCAUCUGCCUACCAGGGUUUGUUGGCACCUGCCAUUCAAAGGUGCGGGCUCUGCGUACAGCUUACGAUGUGCUGAGGAAGAUGCAGGACAAGAAGUUGCAGGCUCCAGAUGAGGUGUGUUACCGUGUGUUGCUGCAACUGUGUGGGCAGUACAGCCAGCCAGUCCUUGCUGUCAGGGUGUUGUUUGAGAUGAAGAAAGCUGGAGUUCAACCCAACGCCAUUACCUAUGGGUACUACAACAAGGCGGUGUUGGAGAGCACCUGGCCCUCCACCACCAGAGGAGGCUACUUUUUGUGGGGAAAGCUGAGAAACGUGAUCCUAGGUGUGCUCCAGUUCAAGCAAGCGGGGAGAAAACAACAGACGCCGCACAGAGACCCUCAUCUUUCAGACGGCAGUGAUCUUGACACAGUCAGUCAUGGCAGUUUGGACAGUACUAAUGACUCUGCUGAGCGCACUUCCAUCGACACUGACUUCACUAAAAUGGACUCCAGUGAUGAUGGAUUUAGUACAGGUGGACAGUCAGACCAGGGCUAUGAUUCACUAUCCAAAGAGGAGGAGAGGAUGUGCAGCAGAGAGAGUGACAACACACUAUCGGUGGAAGACAAAGGCCAGAGGCAGUCCACACCUGAGAUAGAGGUUCCAAUCGGCGGCAUCUCUCCUUCUACUAGAAGCUAUAAACCCACAGAUGUCAGUGCAGGCAAUGGCAACAGGCUGGUUUCCAGACCAUCUAGUGACACCAUUCUGUGUGGAGUUCUGCCAAAGAAAGAGAGGCCAAAAUCUCUGGACUUGUCUGGUGGACAAGGAAGUCUAAGACUCACCGUCCCUCACCUUGGCUCAACAAAGCAGCAUUACCAAGCUGGUGACAGACUGCACGAGGUAGAAGAAGAGGAGACAGAGACUGAUAAACAGAAACGUCUCCGCUGCAGCGGUGCAGUGGAGAGGCCAGGUGUGUCUUUAGAGAGGAGUGUCAGCUGCAGUGAUGGGACUGUGAGGAGAACGGGUGUUGAGAGGGGGUUUGAUCCCCUGUCACUGAUGGCGACAGAUGCGGUACAAGAGUGUGAUCGGGAGAACAGUGGCACAAACACGGCCCGCCGCGACCUCGCUGAAGAGAUUGAGAUGUACAUGAACCCCUCAAGCCCUUUGUUUGGUUCGGCCUCGUCUCCUCACACCUCUCCACGGCCCUCCACCCUGCUCCGCUGCAACACACACAUCCCACUGUCUCUGAAAUCCAAGGAGAAGUUGCGGUCGUCGCCGUCUCUUCCUCUGGGUGUCUGUACCAAAAGCAGGGAGAGGCCUUCCUCCUUGGUGUCACCCUCCUCACCUUCUCCCUCCUCCUCAUCAUUCUCCAUGGACUCACUGUUCACGCCAACUCUGGACAUCUUCAAGAGUAGCGUCAUAUCAGCAGGGAAGGGCGUGGCUGAGAAGGCUAGCCGUUUCUACUCUCGUCUGUCCUCCCAGACUUCAUUAACACAGGAUGCAAACUGUGACCAGAUUAGUGUAUCCUCGCUGACCUCAGGAGAGGCAGACUGCUCCUCGCUGCUUGAUCAUGACUCCUGUCUGGAUCCAGAUGGCUUUACCUCCCCCCAGCACGGCAGUGUUUCCCGACUCAGGAGGAGCCCGGUUGUGGGUCAUACCAACCUGGGCAGCCCCAGCACCCCCAAUAGAGUGUUCAGACACAACUCAUUUUCUGGUGGUUUGGCACUUCCUUCUAAAACCCCUCACACUCCAGAUUCCUCCCCCGACACCAGCCGAUUCCAACCCGCUCCCAAUUACACCAUAGAGGUGUUGAUGUCCAGCUGUUCACUUUGUAAGACGUGUGACUGUCUGGUGUAUGACGAGGAGAUCAUGGCUGGCUGGACAGCAAACGACUCCAACCUCAACAGCACUUGUCCCUUCUGCGGCACAGCCUUCCUGCCUUUCCUCAAUGUGGAAAUCAAAGACCUGAGACCACUCAGCAGGUCUUCUAUGGAAAGUAAUCGUGUUAAUGAGGAGGUCACGUUGACGACUCUCAAUCCAGAGGCCAAAAUGUCUGCAGCAGACUGUGCAGCUCAGUCAUCUGCAGCUACCCCCCAGAAGCAGGGGAGCAGCGGGAGUGCUGGGCCGGCUCCGGUGACGGUGCCCUACCUGAGCCCUCUGGUUCUGUGGAAGGAACUGGAGAGCCUGCUUGUAAAUGAGGGCGACCAGGCCAUCUCCUCCCCCUGUGUUGUCGACCAACACCCCAUCGUCUUCUGGAACCUUGUGUGGUACUUCAGAAGGCUUGAGCUGCCGAGUAACCUGCCGGCUCUUAUCCUGGCCUCCCAGCACUGUAGCCAUGGAGACCAGACUCCUCAGAGCGUUUCAUCCGAGGAUAGUAAGCAGGUGCUUGUGAGGAUUAUGUGGGACAACCUGAAGUUACACAAAGACAAGGUUCAACCCUGCUAUGUCCUGUGGAACACACAUUGUGCAAACUCCUUGGUUCGCUCUGGGCUGUGUGAAGAGGGCCAGCUCUUCACUGUGGAGCUACUGCAGGGUUUUGUGAGGAGCAUUAAGAAGAGUGAUGUCUAUCAGCCCAUGAGCCAGAUCAUCCAGCUGUUGGGGCCAGAGCUGGGUUUUAAAAGACAGAGGAGCCUAUACCGAGAUUUAUUGUUCCUCGCUCUUGUGGCUUUGGGAAAGAACAACAUUAAUAUCAAUGCUUUUGACCGGGAGUACAAGUUGGCAUAUGAUCGCCUCACCCCCAACCAGGUUAAACUGACACACAACUGUGACCGACCCCCCGGAGCAGGGGUCAUGGAGUGCAGGAGGACUUUUGGGGAACCCAGUCUGUAAACUACUUCUCUUCUUUUGCCCCAUUAUAUUUUUCCUUCACGUUCCCUGUUACUGUUUUGUUGGUCUGCUCCUCAGACUCAGGACCAGCUCACCAGACUGGAGCACAGAGCUCUUAAGCACAAUGUGAAAAUGACACUUAAUAUAAAGUAACUGCCACGCAUUUCUUGUAUACUGUUAGAGGUGAGAGGCCUGGAGUGACGAACUUGUGUUUGUAAAUAAUUAAAAAAUCCACUGUAUUUUCCAUAUAAUUAUUAAUGUUUGUACAGUUAUUAUACAGUCCACAGUACAUUUUAUAACUUUGUUUCUGUUGAAGCUGUGAGUAAGUAUGUAAAAGUAAGUGUAUGAUCACGUUGUUGAAAUUCACAACUGGUCCUGGUGACCUUGUCGAGACUGCUGUUGAGUGUGUGUAUAAUCAGUCCUUGCUUUUAGACAUUUGAGUUUUUACAAAGCACUUUGACCAUAUGAGCUUGCCAUUCAUUCUCAUUUAUGUAAUGCUGUGGCCCAGCAGCAUACGCUUGAAUGGCUUUUUAUUUGGCAGCUGCAGGACUUACUGCACUGUUAAUAUUUUCAUUACAUGCAGUGAAUGAAAGCAAAGAAAUUCCUCCUCAUCUGCACCCUGUACUCAUAGCAGGGCCAUGAUCAUGAUCAUAUGCCUGAAUACACUAAACUAGACAAUAACAUAGAAAAACGGUACCAUUAUAAAACAUAUUUCUAAAUCAUGAAGGGAGUACUCAAUUAAUGUAUAUGCACAAUGUUUAUUUGUUAUCCUUUUUUGUACAAUGUACCAAAAGAACCCAAAAGGGAAUAGUACUAAGAUUUAUUUACAGUUUUUUAAACAAUACCUUUUUAAUGUAAGGAUUUAUGUGUUAUACGGGACCACAAAGGAUAGAUUUCCUUAAAAACAGUACAAUCAAACUAAUAGUAGAUGAAUGAAAACAAAAUGUUUUCUGUUGGUUUAAUCAACACAUUUUUUUGAUAGAGAAAUUAAUUUAUACAAUAAUGGAUCUAUAAAAAUGUAGUAUUUGUAUAUUUUCUUUAGGUAUUCACUGUAUAGUGUAGAUGUCAGUUUUAGACAUUUGGAUAACUGUGCACUGUUUAAUGUGACAUACAGCAACAAAAAAAAAGGCAUUUCAAAUUUCUUCGAUGAUUGUGCAUGUUUCUUUGCACUGGGUAUAUUAAAAGAUAUGUUAAUGUCAAAGGUGUUACGUUAAGACAACAGCUCUGACCUGCCGUAAUUUUAAAUCACUUCCAAAAAUGAGUGUGAUGGUUCACUAUGUUAAUAUUGUCUUUCACUUUUAACUGACAAAAGUCUGCCUGGAAUGGUAGUAAUGUGAUGCCGCUCUACAGCUUAUUACUGGACUUCACCACAAUAAAUUAUGAUGAUACGAUGCUGGAUAAGACAAGGCUGUGUGCUUGGAAUAAACACCAAUAUCACAGUAUGUAAAUUUGCAUUUUAAUCACCUUGUAAGUUGGGACGAAAACAAACAAACACUGAUGACCAAAACAUUUGAUGUUUACAUGUUGUUUACACAAUUUGUCAAUUUAAACAAUGUUUAUGAAGUAUUAUUUUUCAUUUGUAACACAGAUACUAAUUUGUAUGAUUUUUAUAUAAAAAAGAAAUCAAAUGUCUUCUUUGGCUGGAUAUAUAGUUUGCUUUCAUUUAUGAAUAAACACAUUUAUUCU